CAGUGUCUGACAGACAGCUCUCCAAGUAAGCAGUGUAGGUUUUUGUAGUAACGUUAGGUUUUAUCCACUGCUUGUGAUUAUAGCCGAAACCCUAAAGGAAUACAUUUACCUAUUUUUAUUAGAACGCCGGCGAGAGGUUGCGUGAUUUAGCUGCAGUUACUUUUUAAAAGCAGCACACAGUUGCUCUGGGGGGCGGAGUGUCUGCAAAGUGCUGCGCCGAUUGGGGCGCUCGAUCGGGGGAAGAGAGAUGGCGUGCUUGUUGGAGGCCCCUCUCCGCAUCAGUGUACUGUCUGAAGUCACUGCCACUAGUCGUCAUUAUGUUGACAGACUGUUCGACCCCGACCCACAGAAAGUGCUGCAGGGAGUCAUUGACAUGAAGAACGCUGUCAUAGGAAACAACAAGCAGAAGGCCAAUCUGAUUGUCCUUGGAGCUGUACCAAGGUUACUUUACCUGCUCCAGCAGAGCUCGUCCAGUCUGGAGCUGCGGACAGAGUGUUCCGUGGUGCUGGGCAGCCUAGCUAUGGGCACCGAGAACAACAUCAAGUCCCUGGUGGACUGUCACAUCAUCCCUGCCCUUCUUCAAGGUCUCCUGUGUCCAGACCUGAUCUUCAUUGAGGCUUGCCUUCGAUGCCUCAGAACGGUCUUCAUAAGUUCAGUCACCCCUGUGCAGCUGCUCUAUACUGACUCCACUGUGAUUCCCCAUCUAAUGUCUCUACUGAGCCGCUCGCAGAGAACCCAGGAGUACAUCACACAGAUCUUCUCCCACUGUUGUAAGACCCCAGAGCACCAGGCGGUCCUUUUUAACCACGGCGCCAUCCAGAACAUUGCCCCUCUACUUAUUUCACCGUCUUACAAGGUCCGGAUGCAGGCAUUAAAGUGUUUCUCAGUCCUGGCCUAUGAGAACACUCAGGUCUCCAUGACACUGGUGAAUGUGCUAGUGGAUGGUGAGCUGCUCUCUCAGGUAUUUGUCAGAAUGAUGCAAAGGGAUCAACCCAUUGAAAUGCAGCUAACAGCAGCCAAAUGUUUAACGUACAUGUGUCGAGCGGGUGCCAUCAGGACGGAUGACGGCUGCAUAGUCCUAAAGACCCUGCCAUGCCUUGUGCGGAUGUGCAGUAAAGAACAUUUGCUUGAAGAGAGGGUGGAGGGUGCAGAGACGCUGGCCUACCUGAUGGAGCCCGACGUGGAGCUGCAGAGGAUUGCAAGCACCACCGACCACCUGGUGGCCAUGCUGGCUGACUACUUCAAAUACCCCAGCUCUGUGUCAGCCAUCACUGACAUCAAGAGGCUGGACCAUGACCUGAAGCAUGCACACGAGCUGAGACAAGCUGCUUUCAAACUUUACGCCUCACUAGGCUCCAACGACGAGGACAUCCGGAAAAAGAUCACAGAGACGGAGAACAUGAUGGACAGGAUAGUCAGUGGCCUAUCAGAAUCCAGCAUUAAAGUCCGUUUGGCAGCCGUCAGGUGUCUUCACAGUCUUUCACGAUCAGUGCAGCAGCUGAGAACCAGCUUCCAUGACCAUGCGGUGUGGAAACCCCUCAUGAAGCUGUUGCAGAAUGCCCCAGAUGAAGUCCUGGUCAUGGCCUCCUCGACACUAUGCAAUUUACUACUGGAAUUCUCACCCAGCAAAGAGCCCAUCCUGGAGUCAGGGGUAAUUGAAUUACUAUGCAGUCUGACCCAGAGUGACAGUCCUGCACUGAGGGUCAAUGGGAUCUGGGCCCUGAUGAACAUGGCGUUCCAGGCAGAUCAGAAGGUGAAGGGGGAGAUUGUUCGGUGUUUGGGCACAGAACAGUUGUUCCGCCUGUUAUCGGACCCCGAUACAAAUGUGCUGAUGAAGACCCUCGGUUUGCUGCGCAAUCUGCUGUCAACGCGCCCACACAUUGACCAGAUCAUGAGUUCUCAUGGGAAGCAGAUCAUGCAGGCAGUGACCCUAAUCCUGGAAGCAGAGCACAGUAUAGAGGUCAAAGAACAGACGCUGUGCAUCCUAGCCAACAUCGCCGACGGCAACACAGCCAAGGAACUCAUUAUGACCAAUGAUGACAUGCUCCAGAAAAUCAAAUACUACAUGGGGCAUUCGAAUGUGAAACUGCAGCUUGCCGCCACCUUCUGCAUCUCAAACCUUAUCUGGAAUGAAGAGGACGGUUCUCAGGAGCGUCAGGACAAGCUGAGGGAGAUGGGCUUUGUGGACAUCCUGCACAAACUCACCCAGGCCUCUGACCCCAACCUCAGUGACAGGGCCAAGACGGCGAUGCAGCAGUACCUAGCAUGACUACGAAGGAGCGAGAUCUCUACUGCCAGCCUAACUAACAAUCGCCCGGAGGACACCUGCCAUUGGUUCUUUUGUUUCUUCUUUUGUUUAAUCUUGAGGCUUGUUUUGUUGCACAAAGACACCUUUUUUGGACCUGUGGCUGGCCUCCCUUCACCUCCCACCCACUACCCAAUACCACCACCUCAACUGAACCUCAACAGUUUUGCUCACUCCAGACCUCAUCUUGGAGACUCUGAGACCGUGGUUGUUGGGAAAUCAAUGGUUAGGAGGGGUUUUCUUGUUUUUCUUUUCUUUUUCAACAAUGAAGUGAUUUUUUUUUCCUUUUGGGACUAUGUGAUUUGAGAUUUGUGGUCUUUUUUUUCCUCUUGGAGUGCAGCAGCCUGACACCAGCACCGCCUCGGUGCUUUUGGACUCCUGAUAGCAGACAUAUUCUGGUCUCAGUGAACCAGACUACGAGGUUUGACACAAGAGCAGGGCUGUUGGACAGCAAAGCUUCCCAGUUUUAUUUUUAAAAAAUUUAAUUAAUAUUACUAUUAAUAUUAUAAUGUUUCCUUUAAGGCAUCACAAGCAAGGACACAUUUGGAGAAACACAGACUGCCUAUUUUGAAAUUUUGGGUGUUUUCUUUUUUGUGGAUACAUACCUCGUAAAAUAUAUGAAUAUAUAUAAAUAUAAACAAAUAUAUAUUUUUGGAUUUUUAUUUUCCCCUGACCCUCUGUUUGUUUUCAUUCAUUCUCUCUGAACCAUGAUUCUUGGCACGGUCGGGUGAGUCCGCCGCUGUCUGAUGCAGUUAUGUGUCUGACUUUGAACAUGGUCUAUGGAGGAGAAUAAGUAAAGGAAAUGUAAUUCCCCUGAUUUUCUUUUUCUUCACCGUUGUGGUUCUGCGUGCACUGGAGCCUGUCACUUCUGUCCUAUAUCCUUAUGAUCCCAAUGGGAAAUGUAGUUCCAGAGUGCUUACUCUGACAUGCCCAGUUACUUAUUAACAGGCAUGAGUACACAGAACACCAGAGAUGAGAGGAUGCAUGUAUCCUCACACCUCUAUUGAAUAAGACUUUAUGUCUGUAGCGGUUUCUGCAUUCUCUGCAGCCCCUUCACCCCCCCUCUAUGUGUGUUUGUCAAAAGGGAUAAAAGAAAGCUCCCGGGCUUCCUUCCUCUGAUGUGUUUUGAGAAGGGAGCGAGGACAGAGUAGAUGUAAGGACUAAAGGAAGAACAAUUUGAGACUGGCCCCUGGAGUGUAAAGCACUAAGUGCACCCACAGCAGCAGAAACAAGUGCUACAUUGUGUUUCAUCCCUCCAUCAUAUCAUUUCUUCUCCCUUCAGGAUAUUUCUAGUGUUGUUCCCUGGCAUUUCAAACCUUACUGAAACUCUGAUAGAAUGAAUGCUACCAUUGGAAAAUAUAUGCAGACCUGAAGAAGGAUUUCUUCUGUGUUGCGUCUUCUUUCUCCUUGAAGGGUACAGUAUGGUUACAACUGAGUGUUUGGGAUUGAAGCAGAGGACUGUGGGGUCGCCUCCUGUGUUCAGCCUCUGCAGUCAGAUGUAGUAAAGGAUCCAAUCCAACUUGAACUUUGUCCUGUCUGUCGUUUCUAUAAGGAUUCAUUCCAGCGGUCAGUACAGUGGACUUCCCAUUUAGUUUAACAGCCAAUUGCGAGUUUGAUAUUCAGAGUUAAUAACCAGUUUCUCUGAAAAAUGAAUGCGCAGCAAUGUUUCAGAAACCCAAAGACUUUUUAAACAACACUUAACCAUUGUUCUGAGGACAGAUUAUAGGAGGGGGUUCUGGAAUUACAAUCUGGAAAUAAACUCUUUGUUGUGAACCUUUUUUUUUUCCAUCAUGUGCUACUUUCCUUUAUAUUUUAUAAUUAUUAAUAUAUUUCUUGCAUUUUACAAAAGUUGCAACUUUCUUUAUUGAGUCAAAACCUUUUUUGUCUUGCUGUGGAAUAUCUAUUCAUCCAUAUGGUCGUAUGAGUCUAAACAGUUUGAGAAAAUAUCUUCCCAACAACAGGAGUACGUGUUUUUCAGUCAUCGCUGGUCUUUCUUUUUCAGAGAACAGAUGCUGAUGUUUGUGACUUGAAUGUAAUGCUAAUGCAUGAGAGGCACACGAUGGGGUUAACGGUUACCAAGAGCAGCACAGGAGUCUGAGCUCGUACAAAACAACACUUCUUUAUUGUUGUACAGCAUGUAAUCCUGGUAAAGUUUUUAUGUAACAGCAGUCUUUAAUAAAACACAUCUGAAACCCAACAGCCUCCAGUAGGGCAGGCAGUUUGUCUACUCCCAUAAGCCCUCGGCCCUCUACAGCUCAAAAGCAGGCACAUUCUUCAUGCAAAAAAAAGCUGUGACAUGCAUUUGAUUUAAAACCCCUUGAUUCAGCCCCUCCCCUGCUCCUGUUACAGAAAAUAGAAACCAGAAAUCUGACUGUUUAUAUUACAAGUAAUGUGCACAAAGCACCUCACCAAAGCAAAAAAAAAAAAAAAGUACAGAAGUCCUGAGACCUCAAGGUGAUGCAGCCUGGGUGUUACAGUUUUAGCGUUAGGCUGCUGUCUCAUACCAGCGUAAAGCUCAGUGGUUGGCAAAGAGGUUGGAGAUGAUGAAUUCUGUGUGCAUGUUCAGGAUAAGCUUUAUGUGUGUGUGCUACAUAAGAUCUGGGAAGGUCGCACUCAGUCUGGAGUGCAUCCAGUUAUGUAGGUGGACAGGAAACCUCCCUCCCGAGCCCGCUUCCGUCGCAUCUCCCAGAUAUAUUUCCU